AGAGGUAGAGCAGUUUAGUAUUUCAUAAAAUUUUACAAAGUUAACAUACAAAAAAAAAAUUAAUGAUAAUUCUAAUUAUGUCUCCUUAUUAUUAUUUUUUUUCAAUAAUUUUUUUACUACAAAAAAAAUGUUCGACUCAGGAUUUAGAGGAAAUGAAUUUAGGGCCAGAACAUGUUUUGAAAAUUGGGGAAAAUUGUCAACGUGACUAUCAGUGUAUGAAAAAUGCGUACUGUCGAUCGCAAUCUACUUGCAUGUGUGAUCCUCCAUAUACCGCGAGCAUUGAUGGUACUGUUUGUCAUGCAGCAUCGGGAACAAUUUGCGGACCUCAAAUUGAGGAUUGUUCGACAAUGUCCAAUUCUGCAUGCAUACAAGGUGUCUGUACAUGCAAAGACAAUUAUUUUUUAGACAUUAAUAAUUCAUCAAAUUGUAUUAACAGACCAUCACGAGUUGGUGAUAUUUGUCAACGUACUGACGAAUGUGCUGACGCACUAGACGGUGCACUUUGUGUUAAUAAUAAAUGUAAAUGUUAUGGUAAUUUUAUAUUCGUCAAUCAAACUGGAAAAUGUAUCCAAGCCUUAGGAAUUUAUAUGCCAUGUAAACAUGACUAUCAAUGUUAUGAGGAAGGAAAAUCUGAUGGACUUAUUUGUCGUGAUGGUGAAUGUGCUUACAAAACUAAUGGAGGGUCGUCAAUUUUUUCUACUCAUCUGCUGACUUUGGCAAUUGGAUGUUUUUUAAUUAUUUUUUAAUUAGAAAAUAAAAGGGAUUCUUAAAAUUUUUUUACUAAUUUUUAUAUAUUCUUAUAUAUUUAUUAGAAUACUUUUUUGUAAAAUAAAUUUAAAAUUAUUAAAUAUGGGAACUGUUUUAUUUUGCCGCAUUUUUUUUUUAUUUU